UAGCUGGUUCCGAAAUAAACUUCAUCUUCCAAUUCAAUUUUAUAUACGCAAUAGGCAUAUUCGAAAUUAAGAUGUCGUCUAUUUUAGUACAAAAAUUUUGGGGAACGCUCGCCACGACCGAAUUAUUGUGCCGCGUCUGGCCCCAGGCGUAUCCAAGAUGGUCGCCCGCCCACUCCCAUCUCGCACACAACGUGGCCACUCAGGAGGAGCGGAUAAUGGAGGAGCCGUAUAUUAUCUUUCAGCGCUGGCUGAUGUCCGCUCAGAAGCAGGCGCCUCAGGUUCGUCCGCGUCUCGCAUGCAUGGCAACGGUGGAUAAGGCUGGCGAGCCGGUUACGCGGCUGACCAACAUCGAGGACGUCAGUGCCCAUGGAAUAACGUUCUUCACGACGUUGGGCAGCCGGCAGGCAGGCGAAUUAAGUCAGAACCCUCAUGUAUCGCUGCAUUUCAACUGGGCACCAUUGAUGCGCAGUGUCCGGAUAGCUGGAACCGCCUACCAGCUUACAGAUGCGCAGGCAAUGGACCAAUUUCGCCGUUAUUCGCGCCACAUGCAGCUCACCAUAACCCACGGACCACGAUACGCGGCGAAGUAUUCGCAAGCCCACUCGAGUUUCUAUCAGCGGAUGGUUCAGCGCAUGAGCUCCUGGUUCGGAAAGGCUCCAGAGGAUGUCCCAAUGCCAUCUAACUGGGGUGGGUUCUUACUAGCUCCUAGUCUAUUUGAGUUUGGCAUGGUUGGGGAAGAGUCGGGCCGAAAACGUUUGCGCUUCCGCAGGUGCCUAAAUAUGCCAAGGGGAGCUAGGGGCGGGACAGUUCAAGCAGAGACACAGGAUUGGAUUUACGAUAGCAGUGAGGAAUAAAAAGGUAUCCUGAUUUUGGGUUCUUUUUUAUACCACAGAUAAUUACAAAAGACCAUGAAAAAGUAUAAAUUCAGUCAUAAGUAUUUUUGUGAAUGCGUAAACCCCAAAAGUAAAAUUUUAUACAGUUAAAUUAUAUAGUGUACAUACAAGAUGUACAUGCAUUAUCA